AUGCCACGCCCGCAUCGCGGGUUGCCGCCGUACGACCCUCGCAACGGCGUCUCCUUCGCGCCCAUCCCGAGGCUCGCCUGGCCGGCCUUUAGGGAGUUCGAACAGUUCGUGUUUUACGUCUUCGCGCGCGGGGAUUUGCUCGGGAUGAUCGGGGAAUCAACCCGCCUGGAGGUGUUAUGCGAAGGCGUCUUUAUGUGCAUCACGCCGGAGAUGAUUCUCUUCAUGCGGGCCGCCGGCGAGAUCCCGUGGUGGAUUCGCCAGCACGACCUCCACGACGUCUACUACAGCCUCGCGAAGGAAGUGGGGGAGCCGUUUCUCGCGUUCUGUACGGAUCCCCCCGCGCGGGAUGUGAUUUUUCGCCCCAAACCCCCCGCCGUCGGGGCGCGCGCGAUCGCCGCGGACGAUCCUCGCUUCGACGUCAAACGCACCGUGCGGGUCUUACGGGAUGUCGGAUUCGCCGCCCUCGACGUCCGCCGCGCGAUGCGGAUGGGGGAGGUCGCGGAUCCCUCCCCCGCCGCCUUCAUCGCGCGCCUCAAACGCGAAAAGGACGAGGACGAAAACGAAAUGGAAAAGAAACCAACGCAAACGGAAACGGAACCCCGACGGACGGAACGAAAAGGAAGCGGGCGGCCUCUUCGGGCGGGAGGGGGGGGGGCCUCUACUCCCGCACGGCCCCCUCAUCCUCCCCCCUUCGAAGGAGCAGCUCGCGGGGGUGUGGGGGGAACUUCAGGAGGUGCUGCACCCUCAAGGGGGGGGAGGGGCGCUUCUGCUUUCGUCGCCUCGCCCGAGGGAGGGGGAGUUGCUCGCGGUGGGGAUCGAAUCCGAGGGGGCGGGAGGGGGGCGCGAAGCCCGCCCUCUCCGACGGAGCAUCCCGCGAACGGAAUGUCGACCACGAAGUCGCCGCAGCGUGAUUGGCUAAAACAGAGGAGAAGAGGGGGAGGAGAGGUGGUUGUCAUAUCCUUUAUACAUAUACUCUUUCUUUUUCUUUUUUUCAGGGGGGGAGGGGGGAAGGGGGGGGGAAUGAGGAUAUGCUUGCUUUGA